AUGGAUUCGACUGAUCCUAACCCAACUUCGGAUCAAUCCGCAAGAUCAAAUGGGACCACCAACGGGCUCCCCAGUGGACAGCAGUUCCACCCAGCUGGCAUGCAGCAACUUUUCAUUCGCCCCACACAGUUCGGUCAACAGCCACCGACGGGACUUACUUUUCAGUUCCCCGGGCAGCAGCAGCAACAGCAACAGCAGCAGCAAUCAUCGCACCAGUUUUCACCAACUUCCGACGCACUCCUCUCCCAGCUCCUCCAACAGCAGCAAGCAUUUGCGACACAAAUGCUGCACCAGCAGCAGGAAUUCAUGCGGCAACAGCAGGAAAUGUUCCUCCGUACGCUAUCAUCAAUUAGUGUGCAAAUUCCAUCAAACCCAGAAGUGAUUUUAGAUUCACUGUCGCAUCACAUUCAUGAGUUCCGGUAA